UUGAAAUAUACAAAAAGCCAAAAUUACCAUUAUAAAAGGAACUGAGGUUAGUUUGAAAAACUGUACUCAACCUUGGAGUAAAAAACCAACACACGUCUUAGUGCGACAAUCGUACCUAACAUAACACACGAUUUUAAUUUUAAUUUUAAUUAUAAUUAAUAAAAGAAAGCUUUAACCCCCCUUCGGAGUACGGAAUCCGUCAUCAUCUCAAUCCCCGCCGUGGCCGUCGUGUACCGGAAUUGACCGCAGGCGGCCAUAUGGAUGAUGAUUACCUGAAGCUGUUCGUGGAGGAGACGUCGUUUUACAACCGGGUUGUGCUGGGGACGCUCUUACCGGGAAAUGUGUUGACCGACGUGCCUCACUUCCUUCAGGGGUGGCUCCGCAACCUCAUCGCCGGAACCCUAGUUUAUCUCUUCUCCGGUUCAAUCUGGUGUUUCUAUAUUUACUACUUGAAGCGCCAUGUUUACUUCCCUAAAGAGAGGAUCCCAAGCAAGAGGGCAAUGAUGAUGCAAAUAGGAGUUGCAAUGAAGGGAAUGCCAUUGUACUCGGCGUUACCCACGAUAUCAGAGUACAUGAUCGAGCGGGGGUGGACGAAAUGCUUCCCCCGCAUCAGCGACGUCGGAUAUCUCCAUUAUCUUCUCUACCUAAUCGUUUACUUUGUCAUUGUGGAAUUCGGGAUCUACUGGAUGCACAGAGAGUUGCAUGACAUAAAACCUCUGUACAAGUAUCUGCACGCCACUCACCAUAUCUACAACAAGCAAGACACCCUCUCUCCCUUUGCCGGAUUGGCUUUCAACCCUCUUGACGGGAUAUUACAGGCGACCCCUCACGUGGCUGCUCUCUUCCUCGUACAUACACACCUCCGAACGCAUAUAGCCUUGUUGUUUGUUGAGUGUGUUUGGACAACGAAUAUUCAUGACUGUAUAGAUGGCAAGGUGUGGCCUGUCAUGGGUGCUGCUUAUCAUUCCAUUCACCAUACCACCUAUCGCCAUAACUACGGCCACUUCACCAUAUGGAUGGAUUGGAUGUUCGGAACUCUUCAGAAACCCAAAUCCACCGACAAGUUCAUCAAGAAGAAUAGCAUGUGAUUGAUAAGUUCAUCAAGAUGGCUAAAAUCCAUCUUCACCUUUUCUUUUAAUCUGUGUUUUCUAUAUAUGCAUGUAAAUCAAAGCUUUGCAUUUCAACUAACAAAAAAUUACGGAGUAAUGUGGAACAUUAAUUUGUAAUGUUUAUUAAUUUCAGAAUUCCAUGUAUGCUUUUCUUUCUCUAUGUUAAUGCUCCUGCAUUUUAAGUUA